GAACGAUAGCAGAGCCUGCUUGUGUAAUUUAUAACCUCCUAGUACUGGCGCAAGUAGUUACUGGAGACUACGACUAUUUGUCUCACAUAUGUGACUUGGCAAGCAGGCUUCCAAAGUUGGCGUAAACAUGCGCCCUUACAGCUGAAAUAAGGAAAUGUAAUGAACUGGACAGUCAAAUAAGUUAGCUUUCUCAAUGGAAUCUAGCAAACAGACACCAAGAAUGAAUUCAUUAAUGGGAGGGGGGAUUGUACGCUGUACACUGCUCGGAGCACGCCAAAAUUAACCUCUUCAGUCAAUUGCGCAAAAUAAGCCGAAAUCUUUCUUGUUCGGUUAGUAACACUAAUGUGAAUUUGAUAUCGGUUUAUAUAUGCACACACGUUAACCGGUACCAGAAACACUCCACGAAUCGGGAGCUUGCCUUCUUUCGAGACCACACCCUAAAAGAAGGCUUUUUGUUUCAACUUGCGAAUGUGGACGACCUACCUUGCGUGUGUCAGCGAAACGAGUUCAGAAACUUUUAAGAAUUUUGAAACUCUGAAACCGAGGAUUCCUGUUAGAAGAAUAAAUAUGGAGUGCGUGUGUUUGCUUUAAAGUUUUCCAGCUGGUUUCUGUUGCUGCUUUCAUAAGAAGAAGAAGAAGAAGAAGAAGAAGAAGAAGAACAUUUGCUACUGCCACUGCCAUGGACUGGAAGACACUCCAAGGCCUCCUGAGUGGGGUCAACAAGUACUCCACGGCGUUCGGCCGCAUCUGGCUGUCCGUGGUCUUUGUGUUCCGAGUCAUGGUGUACGUGGUGGCGGCCGAGAAAGUGUGGGGCGACGAGCAGAAGGACUUUGACUGCAACACCAAGCAGCCCGGCUGCACCAACGUCUGCUACGACUAUUUCUUUCCAAUCUCCCACAUCCGCCUGUGGGCCCUGCAGCUCAUCUUCGUCACCUGCCCCUCGCUGUUGGUGGUCAUGCACGUGGCCUACAGGGAGGACCGUGAGAAGAAGCACAAGCAGAAGAAUGGAGAGAACAGCUCCAACCUGUACCAGAACACCGGGAAGAAGCACGGCGGGCUGUGGUGGACCUACUUGCUCAGCCUCUUCGUCAAGUUGGGCAUCGAAAUAGGCUUCCUCUACAUCCUCCACCACAUUUACGACAGCUUCUACCUGCCACGCCUGGUGAAGUGCGAGGUCCUACCCUGCCCCAACGUGGUGGAUUGCUACAUCGGCCGGCCGACAGAGAAGAAGGUCUUCACCUACUUCAUGGUGGGCGCCUCUGCCCUCUGCAUCGUGCUGAGCAUUUGUGAGAUCAUCUAUCUCAUCGCCAAGCGAGUCCUGCGCUGCAGCAGGAAGCUGAAGAACAAAAGCAAGAGGAACUCAGUGGCCUACAGCAAAGCCUCCACCUGCACGUGUCACCACAAGAUGACACCCCUGGACUUCAAGCCUGCCCUCAAAGGCACUGAGAUGCGGGCGUCCGCUCCCAACCUCUUAUUUAGUCAAUGAAACAUUUUUCAAAGAGCUGUCCAAUGAUUUUUGCCAGAUCAUUUUUCUCCUGUCCCCUUCUAUUCUCUGUCCUACUGAUCCAUUUCCAUGUUUAAUAAAACUCUCCUGUAUGGUUCUGUCAUGGUAAAACUAAUAAUCCAGAUCAACGGACUUCAUUUCGUCCAUGGUCGGUGUCCCGACAGUGGAUACCUAUAAUAAAGGAAGAAGAUAGGCAGAUUGUCCACUGUUGACAAUGUUCACAGAUUAUGCAAGAACUAACGAGGUACCUUAAUGGUUCAUCUAUAUAAGGUCUUAAGAGCAGGGAAAGCAGUUAAUUGCAUACUGUAGCUUCCAAUUACCAGAACAAAAAAACAGGUUUCAUACAAAUGUAUUCUACUUAACAACCUUGUUCAUUUAAUGAACUUCAGAAAAUGAUAUCUCAGGCCUUAGCAGAACUUGAAUUUAUGAAAUAUGACCCUGCAGUUUCCUUCCUAUUCGUGACUGUGGCCGCUCCACGGGAAUGCAGGAGAGAGGUGGAGUUUUUAAAACCUUUCUGUGGUUUAGUGGGAGCCUGAUCUAGUGCGAUGAGUCUUUCACAAGAUGAUUGUACUCAAGCAGAUUGGGCUCGUCAUUUCAGAUGCCUGUGGUGUAACAUCCAGACACUCAAGUGGAGAGUCAGGGAGCAGGGCUACAGGGAAGUAAAACCCAGCUGUGGGAGAGAAUGUUUCCUUCAAAACUUGUUUUGUUGAAUGGAAUCCAAUUCAGUUUAACUGCAUUUGCUAACAUGCAUAGUUUUAUACCUUCCAAAAUGAUAUUGUUUUAUUAUUGUUAUUAUAAAUAUGUUAAUGUUCAUAUUGUAAUAGCCUCUGGUAAUAAGGUAUUUAAUUGUUUAAUGGGUGUGCAGGUUUUAUUUUCACAUUGGUCCACUACAAAUACAAAUAUAACAUGAAUGAAUGAAAUGUGCAGGUUUGCUUAGUACUAUAUAAUCCCUUGUAUGUAUCAUGUAUGUAUCACAGUACUUAGAUUAAUUAGUUUACAUAUUUCAUAUUUGUAUAUAUAUAUAUUUUUUUGCAUAAAGUUGCCAAGUUAGAAAUAUCAGUAAAUAACUUCUAAUUUGAAAAACAGCGCACAAAAUAUGAAUGUGGAAGUCUCACUGCCAUCCACUUUCAGUGGAAUUCCAAAUCUUAUCACUACAGUUGUCUCCUGUAAUUAUUGACAAAGUUAACAGGACUAGAAUGUCAACAGCCGUACUGCAGCCUUGUGUGUCUGUGCUCUUAUCUGUAUAGACAAUUUCAAUGUUUCUCUUGCAGGGAAAAUAUGGGGUUUCUGCUCACUUGUACUAACAGUCUGGCUAGUUCAUUGUGAAGAGCAGUAGGUAAGUUGAACAGCAAUUGAGUUUUAUGAAUCUGGAAGCUGCCCUUCUCAAGUCCUGUGUGCCUGGUACUCUUUUGUUGUUAAACUUUUCUGCCAGUGCAAACAGGUCUUAUCCAGAACAAAGUCAUUGUUCUACUCUGAAGCAAUUAACAAUCUCAGCGGUGCAGGAAUCGCGAGGGCUGAAGAUGUUGUGCCAGAUAAACAAGAUUGUUUCUACACCAUGUUUGUUUUUAUGUUUUUUUGUGUGUGUUUGUUGCUGUAAUGGGAAAGUUGAUUCAUUUCGCCACUCUUAAUGUAACUUGGGUCCUUGUGUUUUGGAGGAUAAAGCUGAAGCCCAAAUCAAUGGCUCGCUGUGUAAAGAGAUUAACUGGUAUUGUGUGUGGUAUCAGAUAGUCCUCUAUAGAUUAGUGUAUAGUGUGCUGUACCAUGUUCAGUUACGCAGGUCUUGUAAACCUUUCCUAUGGAAAUGUAUGUAACAAAUGGAUUUACACAUUUUAACUUUUGUACUUAACUGAUGGAAAUAUCUCCAAUAAAAAUUGUGUCUGGGUUUUGAAA